CCCAGCGGCACCUGGGAAACGCCCGCGCCGGUUAGGGCAGGCGUGGCCGUCGGGGCAGAGGGCUGUGGCCGGCCGCGGGAAGGGGUUCAGGCCGGGAGGCCGGGACGCAGGGGCGGCUGGGAGGCGGUGCUCCAGGGCCGCAGGCGGACGCGGUCUGUGAGCGGCGCCCGGGCUGCGGGGCAGGCGCCUCGGGAGCGCCGGCGCCCAUUUUGCCCGCCCGCUGACGCGGCCUACACGCUCCAGGGACAACCCUGAGGCAGCUCCGCCGCGCGGGUCAGCCUCUCGAGCCAGUGGGACGCUCUUUGGGAAAUUCCGUCCUAAGAUAGUUAAGGUUUUAUUUCGUUUUGUUUCCAAGUUGCGGCCCCUGAAUUUUGUCCCACUCUUCCCUGGACCACUUCCGCUUGCCGGCCCUUGCCUGGAAACUUCGGUUCGGGUGACCUCGGCCCCAGAUGCCCCUCUGCUCGCCCCUGGCUCACGUCCUGAUCCCCGCUUGACUGACCCGAGGUGGGGGACCUGGAAGUUUUAGCCUCGCUGAUCCCGAGGCGGAUUAAUUAGCCCAAGAAACAUUAUAUUCAUUCACACCUGUGUCCUGUGCACGGGUGCUGCAGGCUUAGGUGGAGAAAAGCAGGGCUAGAAUUGGAACUCAAAGCCCAGAAUGGCAGGAGAGGAUGUGGGGGCUCCACCCGAUCGCCUCUGGGUUCACCAAGAGGGUAUCUACCGAGACGAAUACCAGCGCACGUGGGUGGCCGUCGUGGAACAGGGGACGAGUUUCCUAAGGGCACGAAUCCAGCAAGUUCAGGUUCCCUUAGGUGACGCAGUUAGGCCAAGUCACCUUCUUACCUCCCAGCUACCUCUCAUGUGGCAACUCUACCCUGAGCAGCGCUACAUGGAUAACAACUCUCGCUUGUGGCAGAUCCAGCAUCAUUUAAUGGUCAGGGGAGUACAGGAGCUGUUGCUUAAGCUUUUGCCUGAUGAUUAACCUGGUGCUGGGAUUCUAGGAAGAAAUGCUCCUCUGUUCUGUUCAGUAUAUGGCAAUCACUUCAUCCACCACUGCAGUGCACCCACCUGUGGGCCUGGGGGAGGGAGUGGGUUGAAAAACUGCUCAAGAACACAGAAGUUUAGGAAGGGUCAUGAAGAACGCCGCAAGUGGAACUGCAGAGAGGGGGUUACACAGGCAGAAAGCGAGUCAACAAAAGCCCUUAGUCAGGAUUCGUAACUUGAAAUUGACUCCUUUGGAAAUUGCCAUAGAACCUUUAAUGGACAUCAUCAGCCGGAACUGGGAUCUGAUGAAUCCCACAAAAGUCAGCACCUGCUACACAACAGAUGCUCUGAUCACCAAGGACUUGGUACUGAUUUAGAGAGAAGAGAGCAGCUCCUAGCAGCAUCAACAUCUAUUGGUCGUUUCUUUGCCCUGCAGCAAUUCACCUGCCUUUCCUUCUCCCAUCCUUUUACUGGAUAUGCUGCAGAAGGAUCCGUGCCAGAAACAAGCCUGUGAAAUACAGAAAUGUUUACAAGCCAACAACUACAUGGAAUCUAAGUGUCAGGCUGUCAUCCAAGAACUUCGUAAGUGUUGUGCUCGCUAUCCCAAGG